AUGAACCGUUAUGUGGUGCUACAACAACUGGGCGACGGCACGUAUGGUUCAGUGGUACUGGCACAGAGACGAGAUACCGGUGAAAAGGUGGCUAUAAAACGUAUGAAGCGGAAGUAUUACUCAUGGGAUGAAGCUAUGAACCUGCGCGAGGUGAAGUCCUUAAAGAAGCUAAACCAUGCGAAUAUUGUGAAGUUACGAGAAGUGAUUCGGGAAAACGACACGCUGUAUUUCGUCUUCGAAUAUAUGAGAGGCAAUCUGUAUCAGCUGAUUAGAGACGCGGAGCGGCCGUUUCCGGAACCGGUGCUCCGCAAUAUUUUGUAUCAGGUGUUGCAAGGGCUCGCUCAUAUGCAUCGUCACGGUUUCUUCCAUCGCGACCUCAAGCCGGAAAACUUACUUUGCGCCGGUCCCGAGCUGGUGAAAAUCGCGGACCUGGGCCUCGCGCGGGAGAUCCGCUCGCGGCCGCCGUACACCGACUACGUGUCGACGCGCUGGUACCGCGCGCCGGAGGUGCUGCUGCACGACACGCGCUACGGCGCCCCCAUCGACCUGUGGGCGCUGGGCUGCAUCGCCGCGGAGCUGUACACGUGUCGGCCGCUGUUCCCCGGCAAUUCGGAGAUCGACCAGCUGUACAAGAUCUGCGCCGUGCUCGGCACGCCCGAGCGCGGCGAGUGGCCGGAGGGCUACGCGCUGGCGGACGCGCUGCGCUUCCGCUUCCCGGCCAGCGCGGGCGUGGCUCUGGCGCGGGUGGUGGGCGGCGCCUCGGCCGCCGCGCUGGCGCUGCUCAACGCGCUGCUGCGCUACCCGCCGCGCGAGCGCCCCACCGCGCCCCAAGCGCUCCGGUACCACAUCGCUUGCACGUGGCGCACU